AUGGGUUUGACUAAACAGUAUCUGGCCUAUAAGCCAGUAUCGAGCUUUAAUAUAAUUGCUAGCGGUCGUGCAAACAUUUCGUUUGUCACGAUUAACCAUGCUGUCGGUCGGUAUGUUGUGGUGGCAGCCGCCGAAAAGGUGCUUGUGUGGGACAUGAGGAUUUGCGAGAAGGUGGUGGAAUUUGUACGUGACAAGCAGGAGGUAACCUUCUUGCGCACCAGCCCGGAUCAUAAGCUACUUGCGGUGGGGUUCUCGGACGGACAAGUUGAACUGUUCUGUUUCGAAAGCAAACAGUCCGUAUGCAGCUUUGCUUCCCAUCGUUCGGCCGUGAGUGCACUCAAUUUUGAUCUACUCGGCUUGAAGCUUGUGUCGGGAGGGCUGGACAACGAUCUGGUAGUAUCGGACAUUGUGGCCCAAACGGGCAAGUGUCGCCUAACAGGCCAUACUGCUCCAAUAACGCAGGCAUGUUUCAUGCAACGCUUUCCCGACGUUAUUGUAUCCAGCUCAAAAGACACGCAGAUAAAAUUCUGGAACAUAGAAACGCAGUGUUGCUUCAAAACGAUUGUCGAUCAUCGCACUGAGGUGUGGGGUAUCGUGCUGAUGCGAAACGACGACUUUCUAGUUUGUGGCACGGCUGAUACGCAACUUUCUGUGUAUAAAAUUGCUUCCAACAUGGACACAUUGUCGAGUACGAUGGCAGUGCAAAACCCGGAAGAUGAAAGCACCGUCAGUCCGUUCCGAUGUACCGCCGCCGGGAGUAUACAACGGGCCGGACACGGACGUACAAUUAAUCUCGUAGCCGACUCCAACGGACAGGUGCUUGGAUGCCACGGUACAGAUAGGAAAAUUGAACUGUUUUACUUUUGCUCCCAGGACGAAUCCGUUAAGAAGUUGGCGAAGCGUUUGAAAAAACUGAAAACAAACAAAGCAACCAGCGAAGAGGGACAGGAUGUACAGGACGGCAAUGUACGGCAGCUUGCACUGACCGAUGAAAUCAAGCGUCUUCCCACGGUAAGCACUCCGGAAAAGGUUAAAUCGUUCGAUCUACUGCUUGGCAGCCGCAAUGAGCUGCGUAUCUGUUGCACAUUUUUGAAAAACUUUGUCCAACUGUUUUCGCUCAAUGUGGACGCGAAAGGUGCCGAGCCGGAAACGUUGUAUGCGCUGCAAAAGCAAGGACACUCAUCCGAAGCACGCACCGUUUCGUUCAGCUCCGACAAUUUAGCAAUCGCGUCCGGCAGCGCGGAAUCACUCAAGCUGUGGAGUCGCGCUUCCCAGGGCGUGCUACGCACGGUCGACACGGAUGGGUACGUUGUGAGCACAUGCUUCGUGCCAGGCGAUCGACACGUGCUGGUCGGUUUAAAAUCUGGCCAGUUACUCGUCGUGGACGUUGUACCGGGCGAGAUUAUUGAGCGUAUCGACGCACACGAGAAGGAAUUAUGGAGCAUCAUACUAACGCCGGACAAGCACGGUUGCGUAAGUGGGGGCGGUGAUACGACGGUAAAAUUUUGGUCCUUCGAGCUUAUCGGCCGCAGUGAUGGGUCGGAACAAAAAGUACUCUCGCUGCUACACAAAAACACACUCAAGCUGGAGGAAACGGUACUGAGCGUACGAAUUUCCCAGAAUGGUAAAUACAUUGCGGUCGCCCUGCUCGACACCACGGUGAAAAUAUUCUUCUUGGACAGCCUCAAAUUCUAUCUGUCGCUGUAUGGACACAAGCUGCCCGUAAUUGCGAUGGACAUUUCGUACGAUUCGACGCUUAUCGUAACGGGUUCUGCCGAUCGUACGAUCAAGAUUUGGGGUAUGGAUUUUGGUGACUGCCAUCGAUCGCUGUUGGCGCACGAUAAUACCGUGACGGCGAUCCAGUUCAUUCCCAACACGCACAUGUUCUUCUCCUGCGCGAAGGAUGGCAAGCUAAAGCAGUGGGAUGCGGACAGCUUUCAGAAGAUCAUCACCUUGCCGGGUCACUUGGGAGAAGCACACGCGUUAGCGAUCAGUCCGAAUGGCAAGUACGUCGUUAGCUGUGGUUCGGAUCGAACUCUGCGUUUGUUCCGUCGCACUGACGAGCCUCUCGUACUGCAGGACGUGCAGGAAGAAGAGCGCGAGGAACUGGAAAAUGCAACCCUAGCCACGGGAGAAGAAUCCACCGUGCCCGGGUUGCCGGGUCUGAGGCUCCCGUCGAAGAAAACCAUCGGCUCGGAAAAGGGCGCAGAAAAUAUACUUGAAUGUCUCGAGGUUAGCAAACAGUACGAUGAGGAAGGCGGUAAAGGUGCAUUGCCUCCGCUAAUGUUCGCAUAUUCCGCUACCAACACCGAUGAGUUCCUGCUCACUGUGCUUUCCCGGAUUCGAGCAAGUGAUCUCGAAGAGUCACUGCUGCUGCUUCCGUUCAGUGCCGUGUGUGAGUUGCUGGAAAAGGUACCAAAGCUUACCGUCGAACGGAAGGAUCACACUGAGCUGAUCUGUAAGGUGGUAAUGUUUCUGUUCCGCGUUCACCAGAAACCGAUCGUGAGCAAUCAAGUGUUGCUUCCGGUGAUACAAAAGAUCGUGCCAACGCUGCAGGCGGCAGUUGAAGAGUUGCGCGACAUGGUGGGAACGAACUUACAUGCUGGCCAGAUGUUACAGCGCGAGCUGGAAGAAAAUGACGGUUGCGUGCUGUUCCGGGAUGCAACAAAGCAGCGCAUUCAGCGGGAUCGACGCCGUAAGCGACGAGAAGCCUCUAAGCGAAAGUUUCUGCAGAUAGUCAAGUAG